CUUCCCCAUGAAGAAGGGGAAAUUGGUACUUUGAGUCAAUCUCUGAUCAAAGAAUUCAGAGACAAAAACAACGCAUGCCUAGGAGUUGCAAGGAGCUCGGCUAUGAAAUGGAAUUUACAUGAAGCCAGACCUAUGCAAGUAGUGCACGGUCACCUGCCUAGAGAGAUAUUGACCUACGCACGAAUGGAUAUUCAUCAGCUACUUUCUAAAAGAAAGAAUGAGUAACUUUGUUGGUGCAGGUGCAAGGCCUGCAGAAACAGCGAAUUUGCAUCUUGAGGAAGAAACAACGCUCUCGCCAGGGACAAUCUCCAGCUCAGAUGAGUACGCAGCAAACCCGCGAUUCCUGCAGCUCCAGGAAGAAUUGCGCGAUGUACUGUUCACAGCAGUGGCCAGUCAUGCUCCCACGAGGCAUCAAUCACCGAGACCAUUGGAUCCGAUCGAGGACUCUGCGUCGGGGCUGUUGAGGAACAGUCUGGAUUUCGCACAGGUCUCGAUCCCGAAGGUCAGACUGAUCCACUACCUGAAAAACUGGAUUAUCGAGUGCGCUCCUCAUCUGGAUAAGUUUGAUGAGCAAAGCCAUUUCGGUGUGCAUAUCCCCGUCCUCGCUCAGAGCUCCCCUGCUUUGUUUUAUGCCAUCUUGGCGUUUUCAGCCCGACAAACCGAACGCAAGGCUUGCCUGGACAAGUCGUAUGACAGUCUGGAGCUCUACCAACAGUCGAUUCGGCUGCUGAGCCCGUAUCUGCAAGCAAAAGAUCCUAACGUGCUCGUAACGGUCUGUAUCCUGGGGUGUCUGGAGCUGAUGUCCGUCAGCCCUAGAGACUGGAGACGGCAUGUCGAGGGCUGCGCGGCUCUCUUCGACGCGUAUAACGUCAAUGGGUUCUCUGGUGGUCAUCUUCAGGCGGUCUUCUGGUGCUAUGCGCGAAUGGAACUGUGUGGAGCGAUCAUUUCAGAAGGAACAGAAGGCACUAUCCUUCCACUUCACAAAUGGGUCCCUCCGCAGGCCGCUGACUCCGAAGAAGAGCGAGACAUCAUCAUCAAGAAUCUGUUUUGCCAGGACGGCUGUUUGAAUCCUGACAGACAUGCGAACUGGGCGGUGUAUCUCUGCGCGAAGACGUGCAAUCUGGCAUGCCGGCGAUCACGGUUCCUAGAACUUGGCGAGCUGGAUCAGAAUGACACGAGGCCGUUCUCCGAACAAUGGAGACAGCUCUGGGAAGAACUGCAAUUCUGGAACGACCACCGGUGUCCGGCCAUGCUCCCGAUCAGGACCACGACUACUGGCGGCGAUCAGAUAUUCCCUGAGAUCCUCUUUGCACACUGGGCGGCAAUCUCAGGCAACCAGCUCUAUCACACGGCCUGCAUCAUGAUGCUGCAGAUGAAACCGGCAAACACCCCGCUUGUUUCUCCAAGCCCGCACUCUUCCCCUGUUUGGCAUGCUCGGAGGGUUUGUGGGAUCUCAUUGACGAACCCUCACAGUGGCAACCUCAUCAACGCGAUUCAGCCACUCUAUAUUGCGGGAAAGCUCUUGAGCCAUCGAAGUGAGCAUCUCGAGGUCGCCAGAUUAUUCAAGAAAAUUGAAACCAGCACUGGCUGGGGUGCCCUGUGGAGACUGAGAGAUCUUGAGCGAGCAUGGGGAUACGAGACUGGUGAAAUUCUAUCUGCUAUCUGAGUCUGUUCUUCUAUGUAAUAUGAUGCCUCGGAUAAAUAUAGUUGUAUUCAGUGGAUCCGUAUAGAACCACACUAUCCUCAGGCUAGGUAUAAUGUGAGGAACAUGUGUAUAAUUUACAUUAUUCCAGCGUG